AUGGACGUCGACGCGACGUUGCCGGAGGGCGCCUCCGUACGGGCCCAAGACACGCCUGGUGAACAGGAUGCCGGCAGGCAAAGGACCGGCUCAGGCUUCACGCCGCUGCUCCGCGUCUUUCGCUACACCGACGCCAGAGGAUGGGCUCUCAACGCGGUGGCCCUCGCAGCCAUGGUCGGCUCCGGCACGGCCCUGCCGCUCAUGGACCUCGUCUUUGGCGGCUUCGUCAACGUCUUUGAUCGCUUCGUCGCCGGCAAGCUCUCGCCGGACACGUUCAUGGCAGAGGUGGGCCGUUACACCCUGUUCUUCGUCUACAUCUUCAUCGGCAGGUUCUCCCUGAUCUACGCCUGGACGAUGCUCGUCAACAUGGCCGCCAUCCGCACGGUCAAGACCCUCCGGGUGGACUUUGUGCGUCAGCUGCUCCGCCAAGAGGUCGCCUUCUUCGACACGUCGCUCUCCGUGGCCGGGCAAAUCACCACCAACGGCAACGUCAUCUACCACGGCAUCUCCGAGAAGCUCGGCCUCAUCGUCCAGUCGCUGUCGAUGCUCGUCUCCGCGUUCGCGGUGGCCCUGACGGCGCAGUGGAAGUUGGCGCUGAUCACCCUGGCCAUCAUCCCGGCCAACACCAUCGUCAUACUCGUCUGCGUCUACUUUGACACCAAGUACGAGUACGGCAUGCUGGACAUAUACGGCGUGUCGGAUUCGCUUGCCGAGGAGGCCCUGUCGACCAUCCGCACGGCCCACGCCUUCUGGGCGUUUCCGAAACUCGUCGCCCGCUUCGACGAGCUGCUUCGGUCGGCGAGACGGGUCGGCGACAAGAAGUCGGUCCUGUACGCCGUCUUGUUCCCCGUUGAGUUUUUCACAAACACGGCCGGAUACGGCCUGGCGUUUUGGCAGGGCAUGCGCAUGUAUGCCAGGGGGGAGAUUCAACAGCCUGGGACGGUGGUAACAGUUAUUUUCGCCGCCCUGGUAGCCGCGCAGGCUCUGACGCAGAUUGCGCCGCACGUAAUGGCCGUGUCCAAAGCCAUGGCCGCCGCGCAAGAGUUGUUCUCCACCAUUGACAGAGAGUCCGCCGUGGACUCGCUUUCGCGCCGCGGCGUCGAUAUCCCAGACUUCCGAGGCAGCAUUCGGCUGCGCGGGGUGUGCUUCUCGUAUCCCUCGCGCCCGGACGUUCCCGUGCUGCGGCAACUGGACUUGGACUUUGCGCCCGGCAAGACGACGGCCAUAGUGGGCGCCAGCGGGUCCGGCAAGAGCACGAUAUUCGGGCUCCUGGAGCGCUGGUACUCCCGCUCCGCGGGCGAAAUCACGCUCGACGGGCACAGGCUAGAGGACAUCAACUUGCGGUGGCUCAGGACCAACAUCCGCCUCAUCCAGCAGGAGCCCACGCUGUUCAGCGGCACCAUAUACCAGAACGUCAUGGACGGCCUUUCCGGCUCCGACGCCCGCCUGUCCGAGCAAGAGAAGAGGGCCCGCGUGGCGGAGGCGUGCAGGGCUGCCCUGAUACACGACUUCGUGGAGGACCUUCCGCGCGGCUACGACACGUGGAUAGGCGAGAGAGGCGCCUCGCUGUCGGGCGGCCAGAAGCAGCGUCUGGUGAUCGCUCGGACCAUCAUAUCCAACCCCCGGGUGCUGCUGCUCGACGAAGCGACCAGCGCGUUGGACCCCGGCGCCGAGAGAAAGGUGCAGGAAGCGCUGGCCAGCAUAGCGAGGGGCCGCACGGUGGUCACCAUCGCCCACAGGCUGUCGACGAUCCGGGGGAGCGACAGCAUCGUCCUGCUCAAGGGCGGCCAAGUGGCGGAGAGCGGCACGCACGCCGAGCUCGUCGGCCUCGGGGGCUUCUACGCCAGGCUCGUCCGGGCGCAGGAUCUGGGGGAGAAGCAUUCCGGGGACGAUGGAGAUGCUUCUGGCCACGCCGAGGACGCAGGCGCCGCGGAAAAGGAGCCGAAGCAGGUCCUGGCAGGGAGCAGCGACGAGGUGGCCACGGAGGCUGCUCCCAGGUAUGGGCUGCUGCGCGGGCUGUUCCUCGUCAUGAAAGAGCAGAGGGUGCUGUGGCGGCCGGCGUUUGUGAUUGUCGCAUGCUGCACAACGGGCGGCGUCACGUACCCCGCUAUGGCGGUGUUGAUUUCCAAGUCGCUGGAGGCGUAUAACACGACCGAUGUGGCCAAGGCGAAUUUCUUUGCCUUGAUGUUUUUGGUCCUGUCGGUCGGCAACCUGGUCUUGUACGCCGUUACGGGGUGGCUGUCAAACGUCAUUGCUCAGACAGUAAUGGAAUUCUACCGGGGCGACAUCUUCAACAACACCCUCCGACAGGACAUGGCCUUUUUCGACAGACCCGACAAUAGCACCGGCGCGCUCGUGUCGAGGCUAGCCUCGGAAGCAUCGAGUCUGCAAGAGCUGCUGUCCAUCAACCUGGCCCUUGUUCUGAUCUGCAUGGUGAAUCUGCUCUCGAGCUGCGUGCUCGCCAUUGCGUACGGAUGGAAACUAGGACUGGUCCUAGCCUGCGGGGCGCUGCCCUUUAUCGUCGGAUCCGGCUACCUCCGCAUCCGCCUCGAAUCCAAGUUUGAGCAGGAUACUGUGCAGAGGUUCGCGAGCAGCAGCGCCGUUGCGGCCGAGGCGGUCAUGGGCAUCCGCACGAUUUCCUCGCUCGCCCUUGAGUCGACCGUCGUUGAGCGCUACAGCCAAAGCCUGGGCGACAUCGCAUACCACGCGGUUGGGAACCUCGGGUACAAGAUGCUUUUCUACGCGCUCAGCCAGUCGGUGUCGAUGCUCGCCAUGGGUCUCGGCUUCUGGUACGGCGCCAAGCUCGUCUCCACGGGGGAGUACACGUCGUCCCGGUUCUACAUUGUGUACCUUGCCAUUGUGUUUUCCGGGGAAGCAGCAGCAAUCAUGUUUCAGUACACAACUAGCAUCUCCAAGGCAGGUACGGCGAUCAAUUACGUAUUUGGGCUACGGCACACCCGCAUCCUGUUUGACGACGACGACGAUCAAGACGAGGAGCCGGACGCCCCCGCGGAAAAGGUGCUUGACGAGAAGAAGAGCUCGGGGCUUCGGCUGAGCCUCGACAAUGUGCAUUUUGCGUAUCCGCUACGACGGGAGCAGAGAGUCUUGCGAGGAAUCGACAUGCACGUGCGGCCCGGCAAGAUGGUGGCCUUUGUCGGCGCGUCGGGAUGUGGCAAGUCAACGCUGGUAGGCUUGCUCGAGCGCUUCUACGACCCGACGAGCGGAGCGUUGCGGGUGGACGGGCAGGACAUCAGGAGGCUGCACCGGCGGAGGUACCGGCGCGAGAUGGCGCUGGUCGAGCAGGAGCCGGUCCUGUACCAGGCCUCCAUACGGGACAACAUCUCGCUGGGGGUCGAGCAGGGCGACCCGUCCGAGGCUCAGACGAUCGAGGCGUGUCGGAGCGCCAACGCGUGGGAUUUCAUCUCGUCCCUCCCGGACGGGCUCGAGACGCUGUGCGGGGCCCGGGGAUUCGCGCUGUCGGGCGGGCAGCGCCAACGCAUCGCGAUCGCGAGGGCCCUGGUUAGAAAGCCGCGCCUGCUGCUGCUUGACGAGGCGACGAGCGCGCUGGACACCGAGUCUGAGAGGGUGGUCAAGGCGGCCCUGGACCGCGCAGCCGAGGGGAGAACCACGGUGGCGGUUGCGCACCGGCUGAGCACGAUCAGGGACGCGGACGCGAUUGUGGUUUUUUUCCGGGGCCGCAUCGUCGAGUCGGGAAGUCAUGACGAGCUGCUGCGGAGGAGGGGGGUGUAUUACGAGAUGGUCCUGGGGCAGUCGCUGGAUGGGGGGGGGUGA